AUGACCUUGGUCGCUAUUCUGAUGACUCCAAUUCUUGGUGACUGUAAUCCUCCUCCUAGAUUGCCAUUUGCUUCUCCAGUCCACCCGUUUUAUUUAACAAGGUUCAAAACUGGAACUGCUCUGAAAUACGUCUGCAACCUAGGCUACAAGAAAAUAAAUUCAAGUCACCUUACUUGUAAUUUCAAUGGUGAAUGGAUGUACCCUGUCUUUUGUGUCAAGAAACAGUGCAAACCCCCAGGGGAGUUAAUGAAUGGGAAAGUAGAAAUGAAGUCUAAUCUUGCCUAUGGAUCAACCAUACAGUUCAGCUGCUCAAAAGGAUAUCAACUAGUUGGUGAGCCAACUAGUCAGUGUCAUAUCGAGGGAAGAGGAGUUAACUGGAGUAAUCCUCUCCCAGAAUGUGUAAGUGUCAAGUGUGAUUCUCCUCCGGUCAUCAGCAAUGGGAAACACAGUGGUGGAAUUGAAGAAAUCUUCACCUAUGGCUCCUUAGUUACCUACGGCUGUGACCCCAACUUCUCACUCGUAGGCAACGCCUCCAUUUUCUGCUCUGUGGUGAAUAAAACAAUAGGUGUUUGGAGCCCGGGCCCUCCUACCUGUAAAAAAAUCAUUUGUCAGAAGCCCCAGAUUCCGAAAGCAAUUUUAGCAUCUGGAUUCAAAGCCUUCUAUGUUUACAAAGACACCAUUGUGAUUAGCUGCAUGAAUGGCUAUGUUCUCAGAGGCAGCAGUUCGAUCCGUUGUGAAGUCAAUAACCAAUGGUACCCUUCUGUUCCCACCUGCCAACCCAAUGGUUGUACUAACUUACCAGACAUUCCUUUUGCUUCCUGGGAAAGCCACAUCUUUCCCACAAAAAAUGUGACCAUCUUUGGAGUCGGGACACAGUUAAAAUAUCAGUGCAAGCCUGGCUACCGAUCAGUUUCAAAAGAGCCUCAGACUGUGAUCUGUCAGGAAAAUUUGACAUGGACACCUUCCAGAGGAUGUGAGAAGGUAUGUUGCCCGAAGCCAAAUCUGGAGAACAUCAGAAUCAUAAGUGAGAGGAGAGACUUGACCCACGUAUGUUUCUACACCUACGGAGACUAUAUUUUCUACAUGUGUGAUAAAGGCUACCUCCCUGUUUCAAUUGAUGGAAGGAGUUCAUGCCAAGCAGAUGGCAAAUGGGCACCUAAAACGCCAUCAUGUAAGUCAGGUUGCAAUUUCCCGCCUAGCAUUGCACAUGGACACCACACACGGGUUAGUUCCUACAAUAUCUUUAAAUAUGAGGUUCUCUAUGGAUGUGAUGAAGGAUACACACUGGUGGGACCAGCAAAACUCUCCUGCAGCUCUUCCCAGUGGACGCCAGCAGCCCCUCUUUGUAAAGCUCUGUGCCUAAAACCAGAGAUCGAAAAUGGAAAGCUGUCUAUGGAUAAGGCUCACUAUGUCGCGAUGGAAAAUUUCACUGUCCACUGUGACUCUGGCUUUUCAGUGGUGGGUCCACAAAAUAUUACUUGCUCAGAGGAUGGAACCUGGUACCCAGAGCUGCCCAAGUGUGAGUGGGAUGUUCCUGAAGGCUGUGAGCAAGUGCUGGAGGGCAGAAAACUCAUGCACUGCCUCGCAAGUGCAGAGGAGGUAAAAAUGGCCCUGGAGAUGUAUAAGCUGUCUCUGGAGGUGGAGUUGCUGGAACUACAGAGAGACAAGGCAAGACAACCAAUUCUAGGGCCACCAAUGUGAUUUUUCUCAAAUGUGGAAGAAAAAGGUUGCCUGGCUCACUGGUCGCCUUAUAUUUAAUCUGGAUUACUUCAGUUUAACAGCACCACUCUAUCUGGGAUGCCAAUAUUCACCGUAGUAAAACGUUCAUGUAUCAAA